AUGUCCGACCUCAGCCCGCACGAGGGCCUCACAUGGGCCCCAAGCACUGACGAAGACAACACCUCGUCCGGAGGCAGUUGCGACCAGGGCUGGGUCUGUCCGUCCAGCAGCGAUGAUGAGGACUUCCUCUGGCCCUCGAGUAGCAGUCAGGAAGGUCUUCUCUCGCCCUCCUCGAACUCUCCUGAGCCUAGCUGGUCCGUCAUCUCCAGCCACUCCGGCCACUCCCUCGACUCCCUUGACGCCCCCGACUCCCCCAACGUCGCGGGCAGUGCGUCGGGUGACGUCGCAGCCGACCUUGGGGGUGACGACGCGGCCUACCUUGAGCUCCUCUUGAACCAAUGGAUUGAGGGCACCUUACCCGCCUCUGCUGUGGACACCACGGCCGCCACCGCCACGUCUGGUCCGACCUACGACUCGGGCACCGAGGAGCUGGAGGACGAGCUCAGCCCAUCCCUUCAGGCUCAUCUGCACCAUAUAUGCAUGCUGGAGGACCCCGAGCUCAACGAUUACAUCGUCAUUGGUCCUCAGGACCUUGUUGGCUACAUCGUUGAGGAGGAUGAGGAGUAG